AGUUAUGUAACUCUGACUGGCAUUUUGACAGAAUUAUGGCCCAUUUUAUAUUUAGAAAAUUGAAAAUUUGGUUAAGUUUUGUGUUUUGGUCCAUUUUUCUUCUGAACUAUCAUAGCUAUUGCUUUCAGAAUUGGAACACUUGCUAUCUAUCUAACUAUCAUAAAGGGACUGUACAGGAAAAGUUGUUGACUUAGUAACUUUGAAUAUUUUGCUUAACUUUGUGUUUAGAUCCACUUUACUUCUAAAGUAUAUAGCUCACGCUGGGUAUGCGGAUACUUAGAUAACAGAUGGCACUUCGAUACCAGAUAACAACAAAAGCCACGCGCGAGAGCAGAAUGACUGAAGAACUCAAAGAAUCCCUGCAUCAAAGAGGCAUUGCAUCAACUGUUAUUCAAAGAUUUGUUGACGAUAAGAUUGACUGCAGAGUAAUUCUUCUUAUGGACGAACAUACAUUACAGACAUAUUUACCUGCAUAUGGGGAUAGAGUUGCUGUUCAUGAAAUGUUGGAGAAAAUCACCGACGUUCAGAAAAGGGAUCAGUUCUUUGCAAAGUUCGGGGACUGGCUGGCUGACAGGGGGAUCAACCCUUAUAGAAUGGCCGUGGUGGACAAGGGGUCCAUGAAGGAGAUGGUUAUAAAGUACCACGUCUUUUAUAGAACAUCAUCCCAGAUUGCCCAAUUUCAGGAUGGCAUGGAUGACGUAUGCGGCAUGUGGGGGAUGGUAACAAAACAUGCCAGUGUAUUCCAACCGCUGUUUUGCAAUCUUCCUAAACCUCUGAUGAAUCAGGAGAUGGACAGAAUCAUUCGGUGUGAUUUCAGUGAACUCGGAUCUAAUGCCAGGACGUCUGAAGAUGAGACUGUCUAUGCAUGGGAGCUCUUUUUGCAGGACAUUGAAGAUGGAAUUGCUGUCGUUCAUUUCCGGAGCGGCCAACAUUCCCCCCUAUGGCUUUCAAAAGCCGAUUGAGAUACAUUUCUAUAUGCAAGAAGACGGAGUGACCCGUCUUCCAUAUGCAUCGACAUGUUCUCUGGACUUGUGGCUGCCAACAGGACAGACACCUGAGAGCUUAUCUACCCUUCUAUUGAAGAGUGUUAAUGAGUCGAUGGGAUUUUUUAAAAUAUGAAAAUUUCUAUAAAAAAAGGUUAAACUACAAAAAACAUACUCUGAUUCUUUUUAUGCCUCCUGAACCUAUGUUCUGGGGGCAUAUUAAAAUCGCACCGUUUGUAAGUCCGUCCGGAUUAGUUUCCACUCAAUAAAUGAAGUAGUUUUCAUCUGAUCUUUACCAAACUUGGUCAGAAGUUGUAUCUAGUUGAUUUCAAGGCCAAGUUCGAAGAAGGGUAUGGACAUAUUUCUUGUUUUAUUAUUAUUUACAUUUUUUAUGCACACAUUCACAUGUAUGUAUGUAUGUUUUAAGAUUCUCACUAAAGUGAGACCAUUUUGGUGGAUUUGUCCGAACUUGUGUGUUGGGGGCAUGCAUGUUAAAUUGAUAAAUUAUUGGUUAUUUACUAGAUGACAAUUGAGGCUUUCUUUAAUGUGAGUGCAUACAGAAAAUCAUUAAAAAAACAAUAAUUUUUCUGUUUAAGGAAAAAAACAUGAGAUAUUAUCACAGCCAGUUUAUGGUCUUGUAAAAGCUUUUACAUUAAUUUUGUUUAUACUGUGACAAUUUGUUCUUGUUUUGUAUAGUUUGUGUUUUUUUUUAUCAAAGUCAAUAACUUAAGCACUCUUAAAGAUAUUAAAAUUAAAUUAGGAAUAGUUUGUCACCGUCAUAAAAUUAAUUGAUUUAAGUUAUAAUCCUUGACUAUAAAAUGAUUCAGUUAUUCCCCUUACAAAAUAAAGAAAAAUAAAUCUCUAGUUUUUUCAAAGACACGGAUUUUUUAAAUAACAAAUUUUGUUGUUCCUAAUCUUCCUGAUGGCCAAGUCCCUUUUGGCUUUGCAUAUGUACGGUUUAAUUAUUGCUGUUUUCAGUCAACAAAGAAGUGUGUCAAGUACAUGACUGCGCUCUGACCCUAUAAUUGUUUCAGAAUUAAUGUUAAGUUGGCUUAUGUUUGUACUUAAAUCUAAUUGGAUAAAAUUAGUUAUUUAGUUCAUGUUUAAGUAUGUGAUUCCGUCUGUGAUUUAUUGUUAUAAAAAAUAAAAAUCUUUUUAAAAAAGCAAA